AUGCGAUGCGCGAGCAAGGCCGCCGAGAGCGCGUCUGCACGUCUCUGUGCGGACGCCGAAGCAGAAACUACAGCAACUGAUGUCUCAUCGGUUGCUGAAGCGACCCAGCCUGUGUCACUUGGUGAUGCAGGCGCUGGUCAUGAAGACACUCAUGUCUUCACAGAGUACGAGCUCGGUGUCUCGUACUCUCCUGAUACGGAAAACGGAUCCGUAUUGACGGCGAUUGUAUCCAAGCCGCCUGCCAAGCGUGGCAUGGACGAUGCUUUGCGUCGCAGCAUCUUUGGUUUAUCUGAUGAAUCAGAUGAACUGAUGAAUCAGAUGAACCAUCGCCGAAGCGAAGGCGCUCGAGGUCGCGAGACUCGGGCGCUAACAGUGGAAGAGCGGGACCGAAAUGUCUUGCGUCUCGCUCCUGAGAAGAAGGCAUGGAUGCCUCCCAAAUCAGUCAUGGAUCACUUGUCGGCGACGACGAGUGAUCGUUAUCGAACACGAUUGUUCGAUUCGUCAAGGAUCCAUCACCUUGACCCCAGCGCGAAAGACUAUCGCGCUGAACAUGAGUUCUUCAUCGAUGCUUUCUUCAGACAUCGAUGGUACAGUGGGAAUCACAAACGUGAUGGUCCCUCACUACUUCAGGCGUGGAACGCCUACAUCCAUAAUCUCGAGGAUGUAGGUCGUGACGCUUGGAACGACAAACUUAUUAAAGCUCGUGAUAAGUUUGAAAAGCGAACCCCGACAGGUGCACGCUAUAAGCUGCAUCGUAUGUCUAGGGAGAGUGGGUUACCCUGUCUCUCCUGGGGAGACUCGUGCCCUUGUUGUGUGAACAACUCUGCGCGCGCACCUAUGGAGGCUUGCUUUCUAAAUAGCCCGUGGUGGCGCGUACGUAUCUCUACUGAGAUGUACGAAGGGAUUGACAACCUGAAAUACCUUUACGACCGUGCCGGGAAGACUUUCUCCGGCGGUUCUUCUGCGGCACAGGAUGUGCCGCGUCGUACUGCUCAACCAGACCCAGUACGUCGAUCAUCAGUUGGGAGCGGGGCUCCCAAGAAUCCCAGGACGGGGGAUAGCCGCGCCACCGGACGAGAUAACUCGUCCGGCGUCCGUUCACGUCGCGGUGGUUCAACAGCUUCUCAACCAGAUAGCGCUGGCCACCGCGAGAGUCCUCUAAAGGAGGUGGAGGAGGAGGAAAGACGCUCUCCACACGAUCAUGUGGAUCGGUGUGUCCCCGAGAGCUUCUUUGAUCGCGUAACGCAAGGGUUACGCGGCGACCUCGAACAGGAGCGGGACAGGCGUCUCCAACUGGUGGACACUGUCUUGAAGCAUCGAGCUGAGUUUGCCUUUGCUCAGCUCGAGAACGAGAGAGCUCUGACAUCUCUUCGUGACGAGCUAAGGGUAGCUCGUGGGAUUGUUGACCGGUCUCGGGCUGAGAUAACUGCUCUUCAGACCCUUGUCGAUAUCCACCAUCGGGAGCACAAGGCCCUUUGUGAGAUGCUUGAACGCAAGGGCGUUCUUCAUCGGAAGAAGCAGGGUACUGAUGGUACGGAUUAA